AUGUGCGAGACGUCGCCGUCUGCCCCGUCGCCGGAGGUUGCCACCGUCACACAGCCACCCCGGCCUGCCGUUGGUGAUGGAAAGGAUGAAGUCACCAUUCUCUCCGCUUGUUCUCCAGCCAUCACCGCCCUCGGCGCCUCCGCUCUCGUGGGGUGCACAGAGGAGGACAAACUCACGAGAAACUUCGUUGAGGCGGCGGUCGUGGCUGACGAAGGUGCGAACGCUCCCUUUUCCGUGGAUGACGCUGCCCAGUCCAGGAUAAGCGGGAGGACGCUAUUUCUGGUGGACACGGAGGGCAGCGACGUGAUCCUUGGUGACACCUCGCAAAACAUCUUGCCCUCACCACCGCUGUCUUUCAGGGAGGCCGGCGAGCAUCACGGCGCUCCGCAGCACAACUCCCACGCUGGAGGCGUGGGAGACGAGGAAGAGCAGAAAGCGGACGGCGAAGAUGGCGCUGAUGUGGCGCGAGGCAAUGCGAUACAGAGCAAGUACAGCGUCACAUCGGAGUGGGUCGAAAGCUUUCCGCGAGCCGACUCGUCUGUCUUCCUUGACGAGUCCAUGCAGGCGACUGCUUGUGCAGAGGCGACGCAGGUCUUAUCAGCGGUACUGGACAAGAAGCGAAGGCGACGAGAAGACGACGGCAAAGAUGGGCAUGCGAAGGGUGGCAAGGGUGAUCGCAAGCGGCGCGCGCAGGAGAAGGCCAAGGCUGCCGAAGUGCAAGCAGCUUUCAAGCACUCCCAGCGAGCGCUGCGGAAGCAGGCGAAAACUUUGAACAUGAGGGACGUCUUCUCUCGUACGCUUUCCCUGCCGUCGCCGCUGCAAGCCGCUACCGAUGCGCUUGUUAGCCCCCUCUCCUUUCCUCCGAACAGGUUACUUGUGGACACCAGCAUCAAGAGCAACGCUGCGAAUGACGGUGGCACUUCUCCUGCCGAGACGGGUGUCUGCUCGCCCUCGUCGCUUCGACCCCACUCGCCUGCCUUCUCACCAGCGUCGCUUGUGUCGCCGUCUUCGCCGUCCAGCAGCAGCGCGUGGUCCCCAGACGUUGUAGGGGAGCUGACGAACCGGUUUCUCGCCCAUGUGCAACAGCAGAAGCGGCAGAAGUUUGAGCAGAUGGUAUCACGCGAGCUCACACAGUCCCAGGCGCUGAGCCAGACGCGGAGCCUUGCACAGCACCCACGCGAGCAUGGCGGUGCUGAGGAUGGUCAGCGCGGUGACGACGACGAGUACAACCCGCGUACGCGCACGGACAGCGCGAUGGCGAAUGACUUCAGAACACCGGUUGACGAGCUCGUUAUUGGAGAGGAAGACAAUGAGGCGGCGAACUGGAUGCCAGCCGAUUCGUCCUCGCCCACCUCACAGCACGCGCGGCGCAUGAUGCAGCGCGACCCAGUUACAGGCAACGAGAUGAUGCUACUGGGAGCUAGCUCGAGCGAGGAGGGGCGACUUCCGUCCUUCUCCACGACGCCGGCCGAAAGUCGGAAGGCUGAGGAGGAUGAGGAGGCGUCGCAAGAGCAAGAUCAGGUGAUGAGGUCGCUCGCCCGCAAGCAUGAGAUCUGGAAGCUGAAGCAGCGACAUCUACGGGCGCAGGAGCAGGUCGAGCUGGACGAGCGCGCCAAGGCACUGCAGCAGCAAAAGUCGGCCAAACCCCUCGCGGCCGUCACGUCGGCGUCGUUUUCCGUCAACGUCCCCUUAGCCCGCGGUGAUGCCGAUUCGGCCCCGGCGACGUCUGCGACUGAGGCCAGCGCGGCGUCCGCGCCGUUUUUCACUGGCAUCUUCCGGAACUACGCGGCCGCCGCAGCAGGCGUAGAGCGCAGUGGCCGUAGGGGCGGUGACAGUGCUACAGCCGCCGUGGGCUGUGGGCAGGUGGCAACGCUGUCUCCAGAUGACAUUUCCAUGAUUCGCCGCAUCAACAGCUUCGACAACACCUCGACCCAGCGCGUGGUCGUCUUUGGCACGGCGGCGUCGAAGCAAACGCGGUAUGAGAGCAUGCAGCGCUGA